AUGAGCCUCCGGUUCUGCGACCAGUGCGGGGCCUACUGCUCGGAUCCGUGGUUCGGCUUGGACCUCCUCGUGGUCGCGCAAGGAAUGCUGGACCUCACCCUCCCCUUCCUGGCCGGCACCUAUGCGUCUUUAUUGGCGUCUGGCUUCUCUCCAGCACUGGACGAGAAGGGCGGCUGGAGCUGGAGAAUUGGAGAGGAGGAGGUGGAGAGAGUCUCGCAGAUGCUAUGA